AUGGCAUCUUUAUCGGUUCCAUGCCCCAAAUGUCCUUCUUUUUCUUCUUUGGGAUUGAAAGCCAACAAGAUCUUGUUUCAGAGUGGGUUGAGUUUGAAACCUUGUCAAUCAUUUGGUUCUUUGUCUGCUGAGUCAGCAUCUUUUGGAAUUCAGUGUCUUAACAAGAAACAGUUUCCUAUCAAGAUUCACGCGCAGCUUAAUGAGGCUGUGAUUGUUGAAAAUUCGAAUUCUGCACCUAAUGUUGCUUCACCAAAAGAGCAAGAAAACCAAAAUGGGAGCGUCUCUGGCGGCACACUGUCGCUGUCAGAUACAUCUACAGUUUCUGAAUUCAUGACUCAAGUUGCUGAACUUGUAAAACUUGUGGAUUCGAGAGAUAUUGUGGAGUUGCAACUAAAGCAAUCGGAUUGUGAGCUCAUGAUAAGAAAGAAAGAAGCUUUGCAGCCUCCACCGGCCACGGCUAUCCCGCAACCAUCACAACCAUUCUACUAUCCCACGCUUCCUUCGCCACCGCUCACACCAACAGCAGCUGCUUCUGCUCCUGCAAUCUCUCCUCCUUCGAAAGCAACACCUGCCUUGCCUUCCCCCAUGAAAAGUGCAUCGUCUCAUCCACCGCUGAAAUGUCCAAUGGCAGGAACUUUUUACCGGUGCCCGGCACCUGGUCAACCUCCAUUCGUCAAGGUGGGAGAUCAAGUACAGAAAGGCCAAGUUAUUUGCAUUAUCGAGGCUAUGAAACUGAUGAAUGAAAUUGAGGCUGAUCAAUCGGGAACAAUAACCGAGAUACUUGUUGAGGAUGGAAAACCCGUCAGUAUAGGCUUGCCUCUUUUCAUAAUAGUUCCAUGA